AAAAGGAAGUAGGCUACGAUCCAAUCUGGCCAAUUGUCUCGCCCUGAUCCGAGAGCGAGAUUCAUUUAGUUAUUUGUUCGUAAACAAAUCUGUAUUUCUUGCAAAAAAAAACAAUGCCAUGUUAGUAUAUAACUAUUUUGCAAAUAUACGGUUAGCUAGAUAUUGAAGAGACACCUUGCCAUCUCUGUAUACUGGCUUACAAAGUGGGUAGGUUCUAAAAUGUAAUGCUAAACUGCCUUUUCGCCUUUCCUUCAAGCGCCGCUUUCCACCGGAAGCGCAGUUGAAAUAGAAAUCAUUAGUACGGGACGUCUGGGUGGAAUAGCAAACUGGAAUUUCAUCUAGGAGUUUGUGGGGCACGUCUUGGGGAAAGUUUGGUAAAGCCACAUAUCCACAGUGGGCGCAGAGUUCUGGUUGAGGCCCUUCAGCCCAUGUGUGAUGUUCUCAUCUGUUUCGGCUGAUCUAAGAGGUGGUCAGCAGCUGCCCGGCUCCAUGUCGUUGGGUCCAUGCCCUUCUCUCUCCCAGCUGUACCAUGAACAACUGGCCACGGGGUGCAGAGAGACUAGCAAGGACCAGAGGAAUGCUGCGGAGGGUGGGGGACCUCUGGUGACUGUGACUAUGUCUCACAGACCAGCAGAGAGCAGAGCUAGAGAUGGUAGUCUUGGGGUGGACUCUGGUGUGAGAGAGAGACAGACCCUGGCAGAGCACAGGCAGAGGGAUUUGGGCUCAGUCUCCAGUUUGAGAGGUCCUGUCUAUGGGACUGUAGGCUCUUCCAAUUUCAGAAGAACAGAGACACAAGUGUCAGACCAGGUCCAAGGCACUCAAAGACCCGGCAACAAAGGCAAUGUCUCGGUUCAUCCAAAACAACUAGAGCCUACCUCCCCUCCUUCGCCUCCGGUGUGCCCCUCUGAUUUUACUCCACUGGCUGGCCCCACGGGAGAGCAGCUGGGGACCCUGAAGCGCUGCCUGGAAGCCCACCAGGCAGAGAUGAAGCGGCUGCUGACGGGCUCCCUCGGCUCCCUGUGCCAGCGUCUGGAGGUGGUGGAGAGGAGGAUGGAGCAGCUCUGUGAGCAGGGCACCACACAUGGCAACAGCCUGGCUCUGCUCAGGAACCAGGUGGGCCAGCUGGCAAGAGGGAUGACUGCUGCUGUCGCCAGACAGGACCUGUCACCUCUCCAUGGUCUGGGAAAGGAACCAAGAGUGCUGAAAGAAGAGGACUUCACAAAGUUGUUACCACACAGUCCUAACCCUUCGCGUAAUAUGGGCUCCUCGGGAACAGACUUAGACAAGGGGAGCGUCACUGGAUGUCGAUGGAUGAUGACGACAACAUUUUCCCCCAGCCACAGUCCGGCCCCGAGCAAAGAGGGGUUAGGUGGGAAAAUGAAAAGAACUGAGUCAGGCCGGUCCGUAUCCUCCAUAGGAAAAGCUCCCUCUAAGGGGGUCACUGAGGGGUGCAAACAAGGAAACUACUCCCCUGUGUCGGACUUUGAAGAUCUGGACAUGGAGCUGGCGGCCAAGAAGGGGCAGGAUGCUCUUAACUGGUUGGUCAAUUCUGCACUGGCAGACACAGAGUCUAGUGACAGCCAGGAAGUGCCCCUUCCAUCCCCUUCUCAGAAGGCACAAUCUGGGAACAGGAGCGAGAGUAUGGAGACACAUCCACACUCUCCUCAUGUACACUUCCCCACUGAAUCCCAAGGCCAGUCCAAAAGCACUGAGUUCCAUAAGUGUCCACUUACAGAUAAGGGUAGGACUAUGGCUGCAUUUCCUGAGGGGUUACAGUUGAGCCCUAUAGGAGCUUGCUCUCUGUCGCCACAUUCCGUUAAAGUUGUAGAGUCAUCUAGGUCCGAGCACAUGGGAAGAAUAGCUCUUGCUUCAACUAAUGUCCAACUUAGGGUCACCAGCCCACCUCGCACUGACCACACGGCCUACACUCAGUCCUUCAAAGAGGCAGAGAAAGACCGGAAGCCUGAGAGGAAGAAGCGGAACAAGAGGGAAGCGAAGGCACACUCGGUCGGUGAGUUUAACUCUACCGCCACUAUGUCCGUCAAGAGUAGCUUCUCAGCUCAGAUACAAGACCGACCACAGGUUGGUGUGGGCAGGGAGGCAGCCGAGGAGAGGCAGCAGAGUCAACAACACAAGCAGUUUGUAGAGAGUAUGAGGGUGUCAUAUGGUGGCCGAGAAAAUCAGACUCUGAACUUUACCAUACCUCCUCAUCAGCAACACAAUCCGUUGUCCCACGCCCAGCUGAAGUCUCCAGACGGAGCAUCGUCACUAUCAGGUUCAGUCUUUGCACCCUCUUCCUGGUCCCCUCUGCCCUCCCCACCCAUGUCUGGCUACGUGGACCCUCAGAAGGGAAAACAAGCCACGGAUCGAUCCCUCCUGCCCUUCCACUCUUCCAGCCCUUCUCUAGACUCCUCUGUGGUCUCCAAGCUCUCCUCUCCCCGAAAUGGCUCUUCUAAAUCUCUCAUGGUUGGUGUUAGAUCCAUCCACCCCCAAGGCCAGGCCCUCCUACUCCAGCUGUCGGACACAGCCAGCCAGCUUGUACCUUCCAGCCCUUCCCCGGAGCUCCCCUUACCCCCGGAUGGUGGUCAAAGCAGAUGGGGGAGCAUUCCGUGCUUCUUCAACUCCAAGCUCAAGAACCACUGGAAUAAGGACCGGUCCUCCUGUAAGAAGCGGCCCCUGAAAGGUGUUCGCAGCACUAGUGGCACUCUAGCCAUGUCUCUGCCGGAGCUGGAGGAGGAGACGUUGCAGCACCACUGGCAGCCCCUGGUGAUUCUGGGCAGCCCAGUCUUGCCUCUGUCCCCCCUGCAGCUAGGGCCCCUAGCCCAGACCUUCUCCUCCUUCUGCUGUAGCAGCAAGGCCCUGGACAGAGAUGUUUCUACUCUGCAGCACAGCCUCUUCCAUGCCACAGGCCAGUUUCCCAUGUCCCUCUUCAGCCAGAUGGGCUUCUCCAAGUUUUCCAAGGCGGGUCUGAGCACCAUGCUGGCUGCAUCCUCCCCCGCCUCCUUCCGCCUCUGGUUCAGACAUAAGUGCCCCAUGCCCCUCAUGAGGUUGUCGGCCACAGCGGUGGAGACGGUGAUGUGUCAGAUUAUAGAGUCACAGAAGAAGUACAUGUAUCCCCCCCUCAAGGACUACACAGGCCCUCCUGGCCUGGACAAUGACCACAGUUAUGCUCAAUCAUGCAGUCAAGAAGCUACCUCUGUCAGAAUGUCUAGCACAGCAAGCAGUACGUCUCUCACCUUCUCACCGACACGGCGACGUUGGGUCAGACUCCCCCCAGAACGGGCCCUUUCCAGCCCCAAGACCAGUCAUAGCCACAGCCCCAAGAUCAUGCGUCUGGAUAACCAGCCCGAGCCUGUGCCCAGCUUUGCCAACGUCAAAUACCCUGGUCUGCAUGGCCGCAGCCCAUCCAGAGAGGGUGGUCUGUAUGAUGCGAGUGUGGGAACCCAGCCAUGCCAGCGCUCCAAGAGGGUAUCCCAGAUCCGCAUUCGGAAGACUGUUCCCAAACCAGACAACAACCUCACGCCCAUGGGCCUGCCCAAACCAAAGAGACUGAAGAAGAAGGAGUUCAGCUUGGAGGAGAUUUACACCAACAAGAAUUACAAAUCACCCACUCCCAACAGGAGCCUGGAGACCAUCUUUGAGGAGCCCAAGGAGAAGAACGGAUCGCUGGUCUGCAUUGGCCACCAGAAGAGGAAGCGUGUACUGGACUUCCCCGACUUCACACUGCCGCGCAAACGCAAAGUCCGGGCCAACAUGGCUCCCCUGCGCGUAAAGGGCCCCAGGGGGCGUGGGAGGCGGGGGAGGCCUGACGAUACCGACCUGGAUGUCAUGCUCAUCGAGCGGCUGAGCGAGCUGGAAGACUUCUUCACCCGCCAAGGCCUGGAGGACUGAGCAGUCCCACAAUACCCCCUAUUUCACAUCCAAAUACAGACUCUCACAAAUGGUACCCUAUUCAUCAUAGUGCUCUACUUUUGACCCAAGCCCAUCGGGUCAAAGUAGCACAUUAUAGAGUGAACAAGUUAUCAAUUGUGACAUGCUACACACAUGCAUUGCACACAGUUCAUCAUUCUCAGUUUUUGGGCAGCUUGUUUUGUAAAUUGAUUGGGCUUAUGAAACUGGAUUUUAAUGAUUAGAGCAUGUAAAGAGAUUUCUAUGAUCGUGUUAGGUUUUGCUACUUCUGAGCCCCUGAAAUGCCCGUUCAGAUUAUUUGUUUUAGAACUGGCAGACUUUGAAGUGCUAGAACAAAUCGACUUAAUGUGUGCCUUUAUGGAAAUUUAAACUCAAUCCAGCAAAGAGAGGAUUUUUAUGAUAGAUAAUGAAUAGUGGUUGAACAAUUACUUUUUUGUUCUUGGGAACUAUAAUUGAAACUGUGAUAACAGAAUUUUGUGCGCUGAUACUUGGAUGUGUGUGUUCGUUCACACACAUGCAGACACAUAUGGAACUUUCGCAUGUGAACACAUGGACAACAAGUUUGAUAACCCAUACCUGAGCACUUUCCUUCUUACCUCAUUCAGAUUUCUCAUCAACUCAUUCAUUAAAUUGUUGUUUUGAACGGGACCUUGUGAGGACACAACCGUUUCUGACAGUCAACAGUAUAUGUGCAGCUUUAGUCACCUGAUGACAGCCUCACUGCUAGCCUGGCCUUGGGAAUGGAGGUAACUGACCACCAGUAGCAACUUGGAUUGGUGCCACAUCUCUCUCUCUACCUCCUCAUGCAUUGUUGGGAAAGAUGUUACAUGUGGGGGCAUCAGUUCAGUACAUCCCCCUGAUAACCCGACUGGGAUCUAGAUGAUGAUUUCCCAUCUUGAAUCAUAGUGAAACAAUAUGUAUAUUUUGCAGUAUUUGGAAAGAAAAGGAAAAGUCCAUAAUUAACAGUCUUCUUUUUCACCUGAUGUGCAUCAUCCGGUCCAUCAUCUGAUGUGUGAACACGAUUUGAUGAAAAUGUGUAUUUCCUAUAGAUGGUAUAUUAUCUCUACUUCAGUGUUGAGGACCUAGAUCAGGACUGGGCAAACGAUGAGCCCAUUCAAUCUGGCCCACGGGAGGUUUGAGUAAUACAAGUUUAAAAUAAAAAUGAUUAUUUUGGGUUAGAUGAAAUACUCAAGGCCACUCUUGAUCGUUUAAAUCUAGAUGAUGGUAUGUAGAAAUUAUAAUGGGCCUAUAUAUUUCCAAAUAACUGCAGUUUUUCCGGCCCGCAAAUUAAUUUUAACAAACCCGUCCAUCCCCAAAAAAUCUGUGCGGCCCUCCAUUGAAUUUCGAAAUCCCGAUGUGGCCCUGAAGCCAAAAAGUUUGCCUUUCCCUGACCUAGCUACACAGUUGUACUACGAGGACCUUUUGGGUCGAAAUGCCUCAAGGUUUAAGUCCCUUGGCUCACUGUAAAGGACUCGGUAUCCAUGGAAAUAGUCAUUUGGUAGAAAUGUACCUAAUCUUUGAUCACAAACUGGAUUCUUUUUUUUCUUCUUGCGGUUCCUUCCUGUGGAUUGGUUUUCCUUUUUGGUGCAUCAUUUUUCUUUGGACAUAUGAAAUAUGCAACAUCUUUGUGUUUGGAUUUUUUUGUAGGCAGACCCUUUUUUGUUUAAACUGUCAUAGACUUCAAACUCCUCUGAAUAGGGACUCUUGACACCAUUGACCGUGUCUGUCUCCCAGUAUUCUAAUGCUGGAUGGUCACAGGUUAGGGUUAUUCAAUUGUCUGGCUGUGAUCUGGCCUCAUCUUCUAAUAGCUGCUGAACAUUUCUAACAUUUCUUCACAACAUGAGGAUUACAAGUAAUGUGCACUGAGUGGUCCUGUGCUUGGAUAAGUAAGUGUGGGCUGCGGGCCUGUAGAUGUUUUCCUAAUUCCUAUUGCUGCUAAACCGCCUACCUAGUAUAUUAUAUUGCAAAAUGUAUAUUAUAGAUGUUGUGUUUUUUUUUUUGUAUUUAAUUAUUAUUUUUUAAUCAUGUGAUCCAUAAAAUCCACAUCAGUCCAUGCCACAUGAUGUUGAGCAAAAUAUGGAUCCACUAACUGGUCUGUCUUAAAACAGCAUUUACCCAU